CUUGACGCCAUAUUCUUAUAUUUACAUGCCCCUGUCCAGGCAAUGCUGAGUCUGACUUGAUCUGCGAGGAUCCGCACUCCUCCCCGAUAUCUUGGCAUAGCGCCCCAUCUCCUAUCUUGCUCGGACUUCCUAUUCAGCGCGCAUUGCCAGCCUCAGACAUGUCGACGGGGGGACCGUCCCUGAGUGUGGAUCUCACUCCGCCUGUCAAUGGACACCACAACCAUGGCCAUACUCGUCGCGGCCACUCUCGAUCGAAUCGCUGGGCGCAACCUCCGCCUCCCAUCCCACAGCCGGUCAACAGCCUCCCCCAACCUGAAACCAAUGGGUUGAAUUCAAGCUAUUCAUACGGACAUGCGCAUCAAUCGUCGAAUGGCCAUACACACUCGCAUUCAAGCGCCCACCAUGAUCACCAUGAUCACUCACACACACACCACGAUCAUGGCCAUCAUCACGAUCAUCAUGACCAUGACCACGACCACCAUAGCCACCACGGCCACCAUGGUCAUACCCAUAGUGUGUCUUCGGUUCAUAAUGAUGCGCUACACAACCACGAUUCGAAAAGUGCUCAUGGAUUUAUACCCGUCGAUACAACCAUCAAGGCGGAUUCUAACCCCGAUCAAAUCCAUGAGAUAUUCACUGGCGCUCUCAUUGUGUUGCCUUGGAUUGUGCUAUCUUGGCAUAACAGGCAGAGCGUGCAAACGCCUGGAUCGACUCCUACAGAAACCGCAACAGUGCCCAUUCCCAUUGUAUCUGUCGGACAAGUCGGACAGAAAACGUGCAUUUUAACUGCAAUCACGCUUGUUUUGUUCGGUUGUGGUCAGCUCCUGCGAAUCAAGCUCCAGAAGACUGGAUCAUUGGGAGCAUCGUCCAUCAAAUUUCCAGCAGUGAAUGCGAAGGCCGUUCAAGCUUCUCUUUCACAGAUCGUUUCGGUGGCACUGCCGAUUUUUGCAGCGCUGAAAGUCGGUGGCUUCUUAGUUGCCUUUGCGCUCCUCCUUGCGACUGCAACAGGGGUACCGACUAUCAUCAAUGGGAACCCACGCUCCCUGGAGCGAUACAGUAAAAAGAAGCUGUCCAUUGCGCUUCUUGCACUGGCCACUGCGACGAGUUUCUUGGGGCUGAAUUAUCCCUGGGACCCAUCUCCUUUCUUUGGAUAUGUCGCGCUCUUGGUAUCAAUUUUCAUUAUCGCUCCUCCGUUCCCUUUUCUUCGCCAACAUGGUCCUAUCCCUGAGCCGGGUCUUGUUGCACUGCAAGGAAAGUCUUCGGACCUGAGCCAGUCUUCCGUCGUGGCUACAACCGAUGCGCCAUUGGCUGUCAUAUCCGGAUCCUCUCUUGCACUGUUCACUCUGAUUUUCACUCGAGGAAUCGGCUUCGGCAUGUCAGAUGUAAUAUACCUCCUUGUUCCUACGGGUCUCUUUGCACUUUCUCUCAUGGCCUCUCUGCCCGAGGGUCUUCGAUCUUCCAACAAAAUCGGGCUCGCCAUCUGUGCUGGAGCUGCAGCUCUUCUAUGCUCCCCUCAUAUGCAGGAUGAUCUCCUUGUACUAUAUGGCGCGCGUGGGAUCUUAGCAACAGCCUCGUUCUUUGCUUCUCGAAUGGAUGAUGGCCAUUUGCAUUCCGAUUCCCACGCACACAAUCACACAAGCCACAGCCAUUCGCACGCCACUGUCGAAGCGUCGCGUGUGUCAAAGUGGCUCCUCCAUAAAAGCGAGCCAUACCCUUUGCUACAUAGCAUUCUGAAAGAGAAGGAUUCCCGCAGCAUCUUCUACUUCAUGUGUCUAAACUUUACAUUUAUGCUUGUCCAACUGUCAUAUGGCUUCCUGACUGGAUCAUUGGGUUUGCUUAGUGACAGUAUUCACAUGUUCUUCGAUUGUCUCGCGCUUGUGGUCGGUUUGUGCGCUGCUGUCAUGAGCAAAUGGCCUCCGAAUGCUCGUUUCCCUUACGGCUAUGGGAAAGUCGACACUUUGUCUGGAUUUGCCAACGGCAUCUUUCUUAUGAUUAUAAGCGUGGAGAUCAUUUACGAAGCAGUGGAACGGCUGUCAUCAGGAAGUGAGAUGCAACGUAUCGGGGAGCUGUUGGUUGUUAGCAUUGCUGGUUUGGCUGUCAACCUCGUCGGUAUCUUCAGCUUUGAGCAUGGUCAUCAUCAUGGCCACGAUCACGGACACGACCACUCUCAUGGCAAUGAGAACAUGCACGGCAUCUUCUUGCACAUUCUUGCCGAUACGCUUGGGUCGGUGGCUGUCGUGAUAUCGACCAUCCUUGUGCACUAUUCUGGCUGGUCGGGCUACGAUCCCUUGGCAUCGUGCUUUAUUGCCAUAUUGAUCUUCGCCUCGGCGGUUCCCCUGGUCACAAGCACCGCCAAAUCCUUGCUGCUCACUCUGCCAGCCGAUAUCGAAUAUAAUGUUCGUGAAACCUUAGCGGGUGUCAGCACCUUGAGGGGCGUGGUCAGCUAUACAGUACCCAAAUUCUGGCUCGAUGAUACCGGGACGACGUCAGAGCACAGCCAUUCGCAUGACCACUCCGGUCAUGGCGAAUGUGGACAUCAACACGAUCAUAGUCACAGCACCCAUCAUAACCACGACCAUGACCACGGCCAUUCCCAUACGCACAGCCAUUCUCAUGCACACGACCAUGAUCAUGAGCAUGACCACGAGCACGAGAAAAAGCCGCAAAAUAUCUUCGGUGUGAUCCAUGUCAUUGCGUCACGCGGUGCAGAUUUAGAAGAUGUGCGUCAACGGACCGUCGACUAUCUCCGUGAGAAAAACAUGGAUAUUCUGGUCCAAGUUGAGCGCGAUGGAGAUGCACGCUGUUGGUGUGGUGGCGGAAGCAAGGGCUUGUAAUUGGUCGCAGUCAAUCUUUGUUUCAC